UUAGUCCUUGUGCACAUUCAACAUUCGUUGAUUGAGGUUAUGUCAGUGUUUUCAAUGGGUGAUUCGACGCGGAAACGGAAGCUCGUGAGUGCGAAAACCUCGGCAAAAAAGCCGAAAACCGUGUCCCUGGAGCCCCAAUGGAGCGACUACGAACUGCUCGCAGAACAGCUCGAUUUGGGGCUAGAGGUGGCCAAAAACAUCGUAAAAUUGUUCGAGGAGGGCAACACCGUUCCAUUUAUCGCCAGAUAUCGACGCGACGUGACCAACAACCUAGAAGCCGAGCAAUUGCGGGCUGUUAAAGACACUUGUGACGAGAUAACCGCCCUUAGGGGCAAAAUUGGGACAGUUUUGAGACAGUUGGACAAGUCGGAAGUGUUAACCGAGGAGUUGAGACGCUCUAUUGUCAAUUCGAGGUCAAUUGAGGAGCUGGAAUACAUCUAUGCACCGUACAAGAGCGGCAGUAAGGGGACCUUGGCCGAGAGGGCGAAGCAGUUGGGGCUAGAGGAGCCCGCUUUGGCACUUUUAAACAACACAAAACGAGUCAAAUUUGAGGAUUUUGUCAACGAGGGGGUCGAUUUCGAGGGUGUUAGAAACGGAAUUAUUCACAUUAUUGCAUCUGUUAUUUCAACCGACACUGAAAUUUUAGCAUCACUCAGAGAAUUGCGAAAAAAAACUAAUAUCAUUAUUAAAACGAAGAAAGCCCCUAAAGCACAACCCGAAACCAGCGACAAGUUCGAUAAUUACUUUGAUUUUGAAAUUCCGGUGAAAAAAAUCAAACCACACCAAGUUUUGGCCAUUAAUAGGGGCGAAAAUUUGAAAAUUCUCACAGUUAAAGUGGUCCUUCCUGAGUGGCUUUUCACCCAAUUUCGGAAAAAGUGUGACAAGUGGGCGAAUUUAGGGGGCGAUAAUGUGAGACAAGACGUGUUAAAACGCGCAAUUGAAGACUCCUACAAUCGAUUAGUUGAGCCUUUGAUAAAACGCGAAAUUCGGGCCGAACUGAAACAAAAUGCCGAACGAGCGUCGUGUCAAGUUUUCAGUACGAAUUUGAAGGAUUUGUUACUUGCGCCCCCUUGGAAAGGUCAAAGUAUUUUGGGGCUUGACCCCGGUUUUGCCAACGGUUGUAAAUUGGCCCUAAUUUCGCCUCUGGGGACCCUAGUCGAUAGCAACGUUAUUUAUCCUCAUAAAACAAAACGGGAGAAAGAUGUAACAACGAUAAAAAGAAUGUUAAUUGAACACAAAUGUGAGUUAAUCGCCUUGGGUAAUGGCACUGCGUGUCGUCAGACUGAAGAGUGGCUCUCGAAUUUGAUCAAAAGUCAAGUUUUUAGCCCCCUUGAUGUGAAAUAUACAGUUGUUAGGGAGGAAGGGGCUUCGAUUUACUCGUGCAGUCCUGAGGCGAAGAAAGAGUUCCCGACACUUGACCCCAAUAUUAUAAGCGCUGUUUCUCUCGCACGGAGGGUUCAAGACCCCCUUGCCGAAUUGGUUAAAAUCGAGCCCCAACAUCUAGGUGUGGGUAUGUACCAACACGAUAUCAAGAAAAAACAGUUGGGCGAAGCCCUAAAUGACGUCGUUUCGGAAUGUGUCAGUUUUGUUGGUGUUGAUUUGAAUACGGCGUCGCGGUGCCUUUUGAGACAUGUGGCAGGCCUGUCUGAGAAAAAAGCCCAACAAAUAAUUGACUAUCGGACACAAAACGGGCCAUUUAUUUGCCGGAAACAAUUAUUGGAGGUGUCAGGAAUUGGGCAGAAGAUUUUUACACAGUGUGCUGGAUUUGUGCGUGUGGGGCCCCCAUGUGGGGACAGAGUGAACGAUUUUUACAAAAAUGUUAAAUCUUGUAAAUUAGAUUGCACAAAUAUUCAUCCGGAAUCGUACGAAAUUGCCACAAAGCUAUUGAAAAUGUUUAAUUUUAAAUUGUCGGAUGUUGGCACCACUGAUUUUAUUAAUAGGGUUAAAGGGGAAGUCCCAAAGCUAGAUUUAAGCGAAUUGAGUCAGAAAUUUCAUUCCAACGAACAAACACUUCGUUUGAUUUUAGAUGCGUUUUGUCAACCAUUGAAUUAUGAUUUUAGGAUUGAUUGUGAUAAAAAACCAGUCUUCAAGAAAGGUUUAAUCGGGAUUAAUGAUCUUCAAAGUGGGAUUGUUUUGACCGGUGUUGUGACUAAUGUCACACAUUUCGGGAGUUUUGUCGACAUAGGAGUGGGAAUUAACGGUUUAAUCCAUGUUAGUAAGUCCACCGGUUUGGACUUACAUUUGGGGAAUAAAGUUGAAGUUAAAGUUAUCAGUAUUGACGUUGAUAAGAAGCGAAUCGGGCUGCAAGCGCUCAAAAUUCUCGAUUAAUUUGAAUUUUAG